AUGGACGACGUAGCUGCACAGAGAUGGCUGGCCGCAAGAAGCGUAGUCAUAGUCCCAGGUGCCAUGAAAGCUGGAACUUGCUCAUUGCGGUCUCAGCUGCAGUGGCUGGGUCAUGGCCAGGACUUCUUUUUGCCCAACCAGGAGCUGCACUACUUCGACGAGGACGAGGAGUUUGAGAAAGGUGCGGCUUAUUACUCUUCCUGGUUUUGUGAUGCAGCCUGGGCAGACUGGGGCCCAAAGACGAUUGGCGACGUCACGCCGAGCUACAUGUACCUUCCUAAAGCCAUGCCUCGCAUUGCAGAGCUGUUGCCCCACGCCCGCAUUGUCGUCCUUCUCAGGCAAGAGCUUCGCAGCAAGGAGCCCAGCAGGUGGGACGCCUUUCGGAGGGGCUUCUAUGCAAAGCAGCUGCAUCGAAUUCGGCAGUUCUUCCCUGAAGAGCAGCUUCUGGUGGUGGUCUCUGAGCGAUUCCGGGACAACCCUCGCAGAGAGCUGCAAAGAGUUUGCAAGUUUCUUGGGCUCUCAGAGGUGGAGGACUUACCUGAAGAGGCCUUCGAAGAGCAGCAUGUCAGAGACAGCUACCUGGAAAGUCCAUCAACGGAGUUGCGGGAGGAGCUUCGUAGGUACUACGACCAAGACGUGCGGGAGCUGCGCGCCCUGUUGCAGGAUGACCUCGUUGAGUGGAACGACGACUUCCAGCCGCCCAACAAGCGGCCUCCAGAACCCGAGCUCGAGGGCGAAGACUGCGGGAAGAUGAUGCGCUGUUGGCACAAGCAGCUCACCCUAGAGAUCGAAGCAGACGAGAACCACGAUCGGGUGCGCGACGAGUUCAAGGCUUUGGCGCGCCGUCGCAAGCCACAGGCGGUGGCGGCUGCGACAGAGACGGUGGGAGGGAGCAGCAGCAGCACAGGUCGGCGUCGGGGUGCCUUUAGCAGCUUCGCAGGAGCUCUCGAGGAACCCAAGUCUGCCGAGACCUUCGUUGACGCUGAGGAGGAGCAGGAUUCCGACGACUUCAGAACUGCAGAGGCCCGUGCCAAUCGCGGAGACAUCAGGGAUUUGCUGCGACGAGGGCAGUUUGCCUGCGCGCGGAAAGAUGCGCAGCUUGCUGUGAUGACGGGAAAGCUGGACCGCCCCGGCCGCAUAGCCGUCGAGGGCCGCAACGAAGAGCUUCCCCCGCGGCGGACCAGGCCUCAGUGCGUGAAGGAAGAGUUUGAACGCCAGCGCGCUCGGUGGCACUUGCCACCUAGGGGCAAGCACGUCGGGUACAUGCCGCAGGCCCAUGUCCUGGGAACAGGUCAGGGCAACCUCGGCGCAGUGGAAGAUGGCCCGGCAGCCUAG